UUAGAGUGGUACCUCUACUUACAAAUAACUCUACUUACAAAUUUUUCUACUUACAAAUGGAGCUCCGUCCGCCAUCUUGGAUGCGGUUUAGAUAGGAUUUUUUCUACUUACGAAUUUUUUUCCCCAAUGCAUUCCUAUGGGAUUCGACUUACAAUUUUUUUCGACUUACAAAUGUGUGUUCGGAACACAUUAAAUUCGUAAGUAGAGGUACCACUGUAUAUGCUGCCUUUCGAAAGGGUCCCCUCCCCUAAGGCAGUAUCAUAAAAAUAUUGAAAAGUCAAUACAGUUGUACCUUGGAAGUCGAACGGAAUCUGUUCCAGAAGUUCGUUCGACUUCCAAAACGUUCAAAAGUCAAAUGCUUCAGAAGCCACGGAAGCCCCAUCGGUUGUUUAGGUUCCAAAAGAAUGCUCGCAAACCGGAACAUUCACUUCCGGGUUUGCAGCGUUUGGGAGCCAAAACACCCGAGUUCCAGGACGUUCGACCAACCAAGGUACGACUAUCUAAAAAGUUUAAAACCGAAAGAAAAGCCAUUUUAAAAAUUCUUAACCCAUACCAGUAGCAGAAUUGUAGAUUUAAAAACAGGGAGCAACAAUAGUUUGCAAAAUUAGCCCUUCAUUUCAACCAGAGGUAGACUGAAAUCAAAAAAGUUUUUAAGAAAUCAAGGAAGGAGCCAGGCCUAGAUAUACCUCCAUUGGGUGGGCAGGUUCCAUAAAUAUAUAUGGGGUCAGCUUUGAAAAGGCCCUGCACAUUUCAAAGGCCGUGGAAUAUUAAUCAGCCAAAGGCCCGGUUGAAGAGGAACAUUUUUGCCUGGUGUCUAAAGGUAUGUAAGGAAGGUGCCAGGUUAACCUCCCUGAGCAGAGCAUUCUACAAGUGGCUCUCCAGAAUUUAAGAUUGGGGUGGGGGGCCUUUCCUAGCCUGACCCGGAGAUGACCAAGGACUAAACUGGCAUGUUUGGCAGGCAAAGCUUAUGCCCAUAAAGCUUAUAGCCUUUCCCCAUUAUCAGUUGCCAGACAGGCAGAAAUUCAACAGGAGACGUCUUCCUCAUCAAGCAGCACUGGCUUAAUUUCUGUCAGCCAUGUGCCAGUAUGCACACAGCCAGAGCAGAAGCACAAGAGCAAACAUGGCAACUUUAAGCCUUGUCUUUGAGGUCACGAGAACCCAACAGAAUUCUGCCUCCAAGGACUUGAGGCUGGACGUGCAGAAGAUUUUUUCUUCUUCCAAACACAGGACUAGGGUGUUACCUUUUGCACUUUGUGGAUGCUACUUGACUUUCACACAUCUCAGUUGCAUGGGCAUUAUGGGGGCUCGAAGGCAGCCAGGUUCUGUAGCAGUUGUGUGCCACUUUACUUGGUGGGCUUGGCUUGCAGAUUCUUGGCUGCUGUUGUCAUUGGGGUGGUGAGUGUCACCUUGAGGGCUUGUGCUGCUGGCAUGGCACUGCAGCCUGGGCAGGUGGUUGGGUUUCCAUACACAUGCCCAUGGAAAUGGGCUCCCUCAGCAGUCAAUGAAGGAGCUUCUCUGCCAAGGGAUGCUGAGUACUGAUCCAAUUUGUCUCUGUUUCCAUAGCAACUUUCCAGUGCUUUAUGGUACUCUGUCUUCUUAGCACAGAUGAUAGUGAGGAAUUGGCUUCUGUAAGUGAGGCACAAAAUAGCUUUGGGGUGUUCCCCCCCCCAUAUAGACUUCGGCUUUUCAGAAAUGACUGGCAUCAAAAUUUCAGGUUAGGCACCUCCGAGCCUUCCUGUCAAAGGACCCUUUUCUGUCCUUAUCUUUCUGUUCUUUAACAGCCGGUAUGUGCUGGAGUCUACUCUCUGCCUCCCACAUACAGGCAGCCUCUCUCUCCACCCUCCACAUCCCAAUUUCAUAAAUCCAAGAGAGAAUUUGAUGGGUUUUAGUGAAUGGCAAAAUGGGGAACUAACAGUGGUUUAUAAAGCAAGGCUAAAUGAAUGCAGGUGGGUUUUCUAGGACUCUUUGUUUCCUUCUCAUUCUGUAAACUCCUCCCUGCAGUUCGAGUCUCGGGGUCCUGAAAGCACCCUCCCACCCUUGAUGCGAAAACCUUACUUAGGAACAGAAUAAGUUGCUUUAUAGGAGGUCAAGAUUAUUUGUCUGUCCAGCCCAGUAUCAUUGGUUGACUUGCAGCGGUUCUCAGGGGUCUCGAGCAUAGGUCUUCAUCUGAUCCUUUCAACAGGAGAUACUGAGGUUUGAGGCUAGCACCUUCUACAUGCAAAACCAUGCACUCUUGCCACCAAGCAAUGGUCUGUUACAUACACACUGUGUGCAGGACUGACAUUUUGAUUCAGCUCAUUGCUGUCUUCUCUUGUAAAAUGCCUCGGGGUGUUUCAAUUUUUAAAUGAAGAGUGUUCCAGAAAUUAUUUAUAAGUAAAUAAUCCGCUUCUGGCCCAGAGGGAAUGUCCAGCAGUCACUGAUAUAGCAUCCUGCAGCACUGCUACACAUUUUAAGCAGCAUCGUACCAUUUUAAACAGUCAUGGCUUCCCCCGAAGAAUCCUGGGAAACAUAGCUUGCUAAGGGUGCUGAGAGUUGUUCAGAGACCCGUGUUCCCCUCACACAGCAAGCAUUCCAAGAGUUCCCUUGGAAGAGGAAUUGAUGGAUAAACCACUCUGAACAGGAAACCUACCAUAAAUAGUUGCCCCCAGUUCUCUUGCAGAAGUCCCUUCUGUUCCCACCCCUUGUUCUGUGGCUGGAGCAACUGCUUCACCUGCAAAAGGUUCCGGUUUCAGUCCCUGGCUUCCCCAGUUUAAAGGAUGUCAGUACUGUAGAACAAAACACCUGCUCAGGAUCCUGUAAUGUUGCUGCCAAACAGAGUACUGUAUGUAGAUGUUAUUGAGCUGGAUGGACUCAGUAUAAGGCAGCUGCUUAUGAACAUAGGAAGGUUGGAUGCAAGCAUAAUCUGAAAUGGCCUAUAGCCUGGUUUCCAUGGUUCAGCCCCAGUGGUGUUUUUGAGGGAGGGGCUGGGCAAGAUGCCCUUUGCAGGUCCCCAAAUGCGCCGAUCUCCUUGCUGCUGUCUCUGUUGCCUUCUCACUGGCCCAUAGUUAUGACCUGAGGAAAAGGCAAAUAGGGUCACCAUGGUUCCAUCUCCUCAUUCAUGUCACUGUGUCUUUUUAUAAACAACAGGUGGACAGGCAAUAACCACGAGGGAGGAGAAGGUGAAACAGAAACAGGGUGGGGUUUUUUUGGGGUGUGUGUGUGUGUGUUUCUGGUAUGUGGGCCUGCCUCCAGUGCUGGCCUUGCCAGUCCUUAUCUCUAGAUAAAAGGAUCUAAUAGGGCUGGAAGACACCUCAUUCCCUAUAGAAGCUUCAACCUGAUCCUAGAUGGACCAAUAGCAUGGUUUUAUAUGUUCACGCUAGGGGUGCUGUGUAAUAUAGGAUUGGCCUGUGUUUCAAUGUAAAAUGCAAAGUCCUGUAUUGAUAGUGUUUUGUCCUGUAUUUCAGGUCUUCUCUCUCUCUCUCUUCUCUGUGUGCCAAGUUAGGGAUCCUCUCCAGAUGCAUGUGUUUGAAAGGGUGUGUGAAAGGUCAUGUAUUUAAACUCUGAGUAGCGAAGCACAGACAGAUUUACAAAUUCGUGUGUGUAUGUGUGCAUUUGCACGUGCCUGUGUGAUAAAUUCCAGAGGGGCCAUCCUGUUAGGCUGCAAUAAAUUGUAAUGGAUUGCUUUGAAGUCACUUCAGCGCCGGAUAGAAAAGAAAUCGCCCCCCAACUGCCCUGCCCAGAACAAAGGUGGGAGGCAGCCCUAGUUCAUGCCUACUAUAAAUGGGUUCCUACAGGCAAAGAGGGAGAUGGCAGAGGUAAAGGUAAAGGGACCCCUGACCAUUAGGUCCAGUCGUGACCGACUCUGGGGUUGCGCACUCAUCUUGCAUUAUUGGCUCUGGGGUUGCGCGCUCAUCUUGCAUUAUUGGCCGAGGGAGCCGGCGUAUAGCUUCCAGGUCAUGUGGCCAGCAUGACAAAGCCGCUUCUGGCAAACCAGAGCAGCACAUGGAAACGCCGUUUACCUUCCCGCUAUAGCGGUUCCUAUUUAUCUACUUGCAUUUUGAUGUGCUUUCGAACUGCUAGGUUAGCAGGAGCUGGGACCGAGCAACGGGAGCUCACCCCAUCGCAGGGAUUCGAACCGCCGACCUGAUCAGCAAGCUCUAGGCUCAGUGGUUUAGUCCACAGUGCCACCUGGGUCCCCCAGGAGCUGGCAGAGAUUCAGCCUUAAAUCUCUGCUCAUUUGAGAACCAGUAGUGCAGCUAUCUUGGGAAGGAGUGAGAGGAGCUCUAUCUAUGGCCUCCGGUCAGAAAUCGGUUCCCCACUCUGGUGUAAUAUAGUGGUAGCUUCUUGUUUUUUAAUGUUCUUUUUCUCAGUGUAGGUGGAGUGGCACCACUUCAUCUUCUCACUGGGCCUGUGAAGCACAUCCAGGCUACAGUUUUUAUGGUUACUUACCUAGGAACUGAGCUCCCCCCCCCCUCCGAACUCAGUGACACUUCUGAUUAGACUUGUCAUGUGUGGGAUUGUACUGUUAGUUGCUAAUUGAUGGAGUUUGUGGAGAAACUAGGAGAUGUGUGACCUUGGACCAGAAGCUUUUGGGCACUUGCAGCCUCGCUGAGCAGAGUACCAUCAGCAUCAUCCCUGAGUUGCAUCAGUGGCACGGAUUUAGAGAAGGCUUCGGAGCAAGCAGGAUAUGCCCCACAGCUCGCAGCCAUUCCUCCCUUCCCAACCUGCCCAUGUUGCCUUGUCUUUUAGGGACUAAGCACAGAAUCCAAAAAGGAUUCUGGACAUUUGUUCCAAGCUUUGGCUGAGCCAGCAGAGUCUUUUAUUUUUAUUUAGAAAAAUAAACCUUUGUAGUCUUAUUUCUGAUUCCCCCCCCCCCAGGUUGAUAACAGUUAUUAGCACGGCACAUUACUAAACACUGGAAUUUGCUCCUACAAGAGGCAGCUGCUGGCCACCAGCAAGGAUGGCUUUAAGAAAGGAUUAGACAAAUUUGUGUAGGAUAAGGCUAUCAGUGGCUACUAAUCCUGAUGGAUAUAUUCUUCUUCCACAGUCAGAGGCAGAAUGCUUCUGAAAGCCAGUUGCUGGGAAUCACUAAUGGGUAGAAUGCUACUGCACUUGAGUACUGCUUUUAGGCUUCCUACAGGCAUCUGGCUGGACCUGUUUGAUAUAUCAAUUGCUCAGUUUAUGGGGGGCUGCAAAAUGUGGGGUUUUCGCUGCAAAAUUCUGCAAAACGGCUGCAAACGUUUGGCUCAGGUUUGGAGGGGACUCAAAAUGUUGGGGUUUCAUAGCUAAUUACCCUCAUCUGGUUGACAACUGUGAGAACCGGAUGCUGGACUAGAAGGGCCACUGAUCUUAUCCAGCCAUAGCUGCCAAGUCUCCUGUUUUUCGCGGAAAACCCCCGGAUUUUAAUCCAUUUCCCGCUGUUAUCCCGAAUAGAAAAAAAUCCUGGAAAUCCCCCGGAUUUCCUACCUGCCAGGGAGGCUCCAUUUCGGGUGCCGCUCUGCCCAUGUUUGUGCACCGGAAAUCGGGCAGAGCGGCACUGGAAGCUGCUUCUAUGCAUGUCCAGACAUGUGUUGAAGCGACUUCCGGUGCCGCUCCGCUGCUGAGCCCGCAUUUUUCAGCGGGAGACUUGGCAGCUAUGGAUCCAGCUGGCCCUUCUUAGCUGCUCUAGACUGAGACAUGUGAGCUGGGCUGCAGCAUUUUGAUCGACUAAAAAGCUACCUUAAGUAACUGGCACUUUUAAUUUCAAAACAUUAUCCUUAUUAUUAAUAGAAGUACUUACAUAAACUGCAGAUGGCAAGUACUGUUGUAGAAGCAGUGUUCCAUCCUGUGUGUGUGAGAGAGAAGGUGAUGGUGGCAAAAUGCCUCUGCAAAGAAGAUGCUUGCAGAUGACAAUCCCCAUACAUUGAAAACAAGCAGAACCAUAAUGAAAACAGUAGCCCUCCAGAUGUUGUUUGGCUGCAAAUGGAGUCCAGCAACAUCUGGAGGGCUGCAGGUUCCCCACCUCUGAUCUGAAAAACAACCCAAAAUAUGUUAUGUGCUUUAGAACUAUUGCUUCCCCCCCCCCACUCAUAUACAAACUCAUUUAGGUUCACUGUGUCAUCCUAUACUUAUUUAGAACAUACUUAUUCAGAAAUGAUUGCCAGUCCUAUUUAGGAUUGCAGCCUCUGUUGAUGAUCAGCUGACCAGCUAAAACUCAUACAGUUUAAUUGGCUGAGAUCUCUUUGAUCAGGCAACAGCUUUACAUGUCAGAUAAAAGGGCAGGUCUGGUAAGAGGAGGGUGAUAGAAAUAGGUUCAAAGUCUUAGCAGCGGUUUCUCCAUGGCUGUAGUCCAAGGCAGUUCAUGUGCAUGCUCAGGUUUGUUCUUGUGGGGUGAGGGGUUGCAUUUGUGUACAAGGUUUCUGCCUGCAGGUUUCUAGCGGCACAUAUUGCUUGUGUGCAUCUGUGGCAAUUUAGAGGCACACAAGUGCAUAUGGCUAUUAAUCUCUUUCUGUGGACAUUUGCUGGGGGGGGGGAGAGACUGUACCCUCUCUCCCCCCCUCCCCUGCCUCACUGCUUCCCAAUCCAACACAAUCUGACACCCUGUGUAUUGUGUUCACUGACCUGCCAAGUGUACAUUUUGCAGGGCACCCUUGCCUCCAGCUAACACAAGCUGACACAUUAGAGAAGUGUGCUAUUUAUCACCAGCUACAUGCAAGUUGAGCUUCUCUUCUCCACCCCCAUCCCCGCCACCCGCCUUUGCUCACAGAAGUGUUUCCCGGGUCCGAAUGGAGUCCCCAUGGGAGAGAUGUCUAGGGACUCUCUGCACAUGCUCUGGGGAGCCCUCCUCUCAAUGAUGAUGACUUUCCAAGGCCCUUGUGUGCCUGCUGCAGAGAACAGUUUCCGAAGGCCACCGGGUGGUCCCCUCUCCCAUUGAGGGUGCGCGUGGCUUUUUGCACACGCGUGGGUGUGCGGGUGCCUAGUCUCCUGUCAGACUGUCAGGCUUGCGAAAAGAUCCGGAGGGAGGAGGCUUGGGAGAAUAUUUUAUUUUCCCCCCCCCCUUUUCCUUUUUUGUGGUUCUUCCCCCUCCCCUCCUUUCUUUCACAGCCCGCCCGCGGGCGGGGGCAGGUGGCGGCGGCGCUGUUGCUGCGGCGCCUGCAGCUGAUGCAAAGGCGGCGGCGGAGAUUCGAAGCACCCAGAGAAGGGCAUGAGCUGAACAGCCGCCGCCAGUCCCGGGCAGAAUCGGCGCGCAGGAGCGGCGGCGGCGGCUGGCUGUGCUCGAGCCUCCCUCCCGCCGAGCUCCGGAGCCUGAGCGAUGCUCUCCUGCGCCCCGGAGAAUCCUGCAGCAGCAGCAACAACAGCGCACCGAGAUGGGCAACUCCCCGCCGGUGAUGCUCGGCAAAGCGCCCCGCAGCAAGCGACCCCCGCGCACCGCUGCCGUCUCCCCGUCCUCAUCCUCUGCCCCCACCGCCGUCGCGCAACCGGCAACAGCCACUUCUAACAUAGACCUGGAUGUCAAGAAACCCACUCCUCCCAAGCUGCUAUGGCACCAGCCUGUGAAUAUCUUCUUGGCCCGUCCUGUUGGGGUGGAGGAGCUUCACCAUGAAGCUGAACUCAAUCUCCAGAGCUUGCUCCAAGAGGAGUAUGAGGAGCCUUACGCAGAAGCCAGGGCCAGUGGCCAGACCUUCCGCUAUACCAGUUCUCAUUCUGCAGACAGGCCCCUCGACUGCAGCCCCCGGCCCCCAGUACCCAGCAAACGCUUGGAGUUUGUGUUCAUGCCUGCAAGCCAGCAAGUGAAGGAGAACGAGACAACCACGCUGGGGGUGAGGGCCCCAGAGCCUUCAAUUAGCCUGCCCACUACGCCAGACAAGCACACCACCUGGAACCGAACUGGCCCUCUGCCCUCCCUUGAUGAGAGGAGGUUGCACCAGCCCUGUUCAACCCAAGCCAACAUUGUUCCCAUCAACGUCUCUGGACAGCCAUUCGCUCGGCACGCAAGUACUCGCCACUCCCUCUUCAACACAGAGACAGCCAUGAAUCCCAAGUCCUUGCUUCGCCGGAGACGGACGGUCAUCGGCUUCCCCCACCUCGCCCUGCGGGACCCAGGGAACAGCAACGGCCCCAUUCUCAACCCUCCAGCGACCAUUGCAGAGUCCGCCUCUUGCAAUUUUGUCCCUGAGGUGGCCAAUGGGAGGAGCUCCACCCACCAGGCCCGCUCCCCUCAGCCAAGGCCACAGCUGAGGAAGACCUUCAGUGACCUUGGGGGAGUUCUACAAGGACGGUAUUGCCAGGGGCCCACUGGCCACACAGACAACCCUGGGGCAAUGUAUGCCAGCCCGUCGUGCAACGGCCCCAAGGAGGACUUGACCUUCUCCCCUGCCUGGAGCGCAGCAUCUUUUGGUUACGUGAGCCCUUCCGCGAGCCAGGGUGAGCUGGUGAUGGAAAGUGGGGCCCAGUCGUCUCCCCGCAGCCAGAGGGGAACCCCAGACUCUGACCGGCCUGCUUCAUUCUUCAUUAGCAAAGACAACGCAGUUGGGAGCAACGGGUCUGGGGCGUUCUGCGCUUCUCCUGAGUCCCCCGUAGUUGCUGAUGGAGGCUUGAGGUGUGGGGCAGCGGAGGUCAAGGCUCGUUUGGUCCCCGCCACCCCGAGCGAAGAGGAGUGCCCCCAAGCGGAGAGGCAGCGGGUGAUGUGCAAGUUCCGCGAGAGGUCUCUCUCUGUCCCCACGGACACAGCCUCAUUAUGCUCCAUGGACAUCGGGGGCAGCGAGACCUGUGCCCUGAGCUACCCCAGCGCCAGCUCCGAGGGCAGCACAAGCACAGACAACGUCUCACUGGCGGUGGAGCAGGAGGCUCAGGUGCGGUCACGGCGGCCGCGCACCAAGAGCAUCUCUCUCAAGAAGGCCAAAAAGAAGCCCUGCCCGCCUACUCGCAGCGUCUCGUUGAUCAAGGAGGGGCAGCUGAGCAUCGCGGAAGCUGGUGGCGAGCCAUUGCCGCAGGACCAGAGACCAAAAAGUCUGUGCUUGUUGCCCGACACGCAGGCCCAGAGCCAAGUCCCUGGGGACGCAACCAAAGAGCUGGAAAGCGUGCCGUACUCACAGCAGUGGUACAUGCCAGAGUGGAGUCCUGGCGACCCCUAUUGCUCUCUGUCUGGCUCCAGCACAGCCACUGGGACCACCGUGAUCGAGCUCUCCAAGGCACGGGGUAGCUCUGAGUCCCUCCCCUCCCCUUCGGUCUCUAGGGCCACCACACCUUCCCAGCUCUCUGCUGAGGUCAACUUGAAAACCUCCUCCCCGGCGAGGCCGACAGGGGUGAUGUCUCCCUCCAGCGGCUACUCCAGCCAGUCGGAAACUCCGACCCCGACCAUCCCAACAUCUGCCGUUCUGGGCCACACCCCACAUCAGAGUGGGCGUGCGAGACCCCUUGUGCCCGAAAGGAAGUCCUCGCUGCCCCCAGUCUCGCCCAUGGAACGGAGCCCCAAGUCACGGCUCUCCUUCGACCUGCCAUUUGCUCCGCCGUCGCACCUGGACCUCUCAGGGCUGAAGAUCUCGCUCAAGGCCAAGCCCAAAGUGAGCCGGCAUCACUCCGACUCCACCUUUGGAGCCAAGCUGGGGCCGAAGCUCAGCCCCGUGCAGCCUGUCAUGCCCAUGGUGACGCAACUGGACCUGCGCUCCGUCCGCCUGCGGUCCAUCAGCCGCUCUGAAACGGAGGACAACCUAGAGAGCCUUGAGCCUGUUGAGGAGCCCGGCAAGAAAGUCCGGCCCCCAGUGGCAGAGAAGCCGCCCCUUUCCAGGAGGCCCCCGAUGCUCCUGCACAAGACCCCUCCAGUCCAGGAAGAGUCCCCUGUGGGCUCCCCAACCUCUCCACUGACGCCCCAGGGCUCGGUUGCUGUAGAGAACAUUUACAUAGUGGCUAGGAGGCCUGAGCACCCGUGGGAUGCAGAUGCCUGGAGCCCUAUGGAGCCGCAACCCCCAGUGGCAGCCGUCUCUCCAGCACAAGGGCCCCCGGGAACGUUCUUCUCUGCCCGGCGGCUUUCCGAGGACAGCUUGGAGGAGGAGCUGAAGCCAAGGCUGCCAUUGGAGAGAACACCUGGCGGGGAGAGCCACAGAACCAAAGUCCCUCCCCCUGUCCCCAAGAAGCCUAGUGUGCUUUACCUGCCACUGGUGAGCUCCCCACUCCACCCAGGGACCUGCGUCGGAGAUCCAAGGUUGGCUGCCAGCCCUGUCAUCAUGCUGGACGAGGACUGUGCUUAUUCCGAGCUGACUCCGUGCAAGGCACUGACCCCUGUGGCUAAUGCAGUGAGCAUCAGUCCGACAACUGCAGGGUUGUCUUGGGGAAACGUUUCAGGGAGCUCAGUGGGCUUAAGGGCCGAAGAGAAAAGCUUUGUAAGUGACAAAACCGCCGAGUCGAUAACCGAGGAGGACGACGAUGUGUUUGUGACAUCCCGAACCACAGAGGAUUUGUUUACUGUCAUCCACAGGUCCAAACGGAAGUUGCUUGGUUGGAAGGAAUCCGGCGAGGCCUUUGGCAACCGGCAGAAUUCAAAGAGUAACGAGUGCGCUCCGACUGGCGUCACAAGAACCUCCAGCAGGAAUGAAGAUUUUAAGGCACUCCUUCAAAAGAAAGGUGGCAAGGGCGCUUCAGGCAUCCGCACGUCUGCGGCUGAACUUCUGAAGACCACCAACCCCUUGGCUCGGCGAGUCAUGACCGAGUUUGCUGUGGACGGGACAAUUCAGGGCCCUAAGACCCAGCCAUGAGUAUGUCGAGAGAGAGAGAGCUUUGUCAUUUCGCGCAAUGCCCUAAUCCGACCCUUGGGGAGAUCUGCUUGACUAAGGGUCAGGGUGAGCCUACCACUCCAUAAGGGGGUGAGGUUGUGUUGUUGUUUUUCAUCUUCGUUGAUUUGUUGGCAGUGGUGCCAGACUUUUUUCUGUUUCUUUUUUUUUUUUUUUUACUGGAGGGGGGACUCCUGACCCAAGAAAAAGUGUCUUAAAUGUAGAGCACACACCCAUCUCCAAUGGAAUCAGCCACACAUCUUGGCCCUAAAGGGAGGAAACUUUUAUAUCUUUUUCCACACUGGAAGAAGGACCUGCGGCAUGGGUGUUCCUAGACAGGGCUAUCCUGCGUUGGUGUCAGACCUAGGCCUGGCACCUUCUCCGAUUGCAUGAGGAAUGGGGUACCUCCUCUCUUUCUCUUCCUGAUCCUCCUGCUUUACAAAUUUGGCGGGUCGGGGAGUCCCUCUGUACUGAUUUCUUCUCUGCAGUGAAGCUAGCUUGAAACUGUUCAGAGUUUCUUUGGCAUGUGGUACUUUCAGUGCUUGUAGGAUACAAUAUAUGGCUGUUGUGGCUUCUUUUCUUUUUAAUUCCACACACACACACACACACACACACACACACACACACACACACACCGCAGAACCUGACUCAUUUUUAGUUUUGACUGCAAAACUCCUGAGGUAGUGGUGGAAAGGUGAUCAUUUAGGAGGCAGGUGUUCAAGCAGAGGAAGAACAAAGACCCCUAUUUUUUGUUGACGAUGCCUGACGGUCAUAUCAGGGCUCAGCCACACUUCUGUUCAUCCUAGUCAUGGGUCCGAUAAGUUAUUUUGCCCUUUCGCUUUCCCUGGGGAAACCUGCUGCUUAUGGCUGAAUUGGAACAAUGCCAGUCAGGUUUCGUGUGGACUGAGAUAUGUUUCAAUUCAGCAGUGAGCAGUGGGUUUUCCCAGGGGAAACGGUGGGACAAAAUUAAAGCCUCUCAGACCCAUGACUAGCAAUCAUGAGGCUUUUAAUCUCAGGGUGGUGAGUUCAAGCCUCACGUUGAGUGAAAAAGCUCCCUGCAUUGCAGGGGGUUGGACUAGAUGACCCUCGUGUUCCCCUCCAACUCUACAAUUCUGUGAUUCUUAGGAUGAGCCCUAGGACUCCAGUGUCCUUAACAUAUUCCUUGCUGCUCUUUUACUCAGGGUGGGCAAAAUUCCCCAAUCUGGCCUCAUCACCCUUCAGCCUAAUAUUUCUAUGCUGGCCCCUGAGAAUUUUGAAAUAUUCGUUCAGCUCUUGGGAGGGCUAGCACCUAGAACAUUUUGAUACAGGAUUGAUUCCCCCACUGCUUAAAUGCAAGUAUUCAGCUUGGAAUCUGAAAGAUUUUCCUAGCCCUUCCAUAUCCUUGGAACUCCAUUAUCUGACCAGAAGCUCUCAUUAAAGCUGUUGACCUGCUUCUCUUCACAGCUUUAAAUGGAACAAAAGCAAAUGGUCUUGUAGCUCCUGCUCAGGGUUCCUGAGCUAAUUGUGUCUUUAGAGCCCAAUCCUGCACACAAUGGACUCUGGCCGGCUGGGACACCAUGGGGCUCUUUGCAGACACCAGACUUAGACUAACGGGCUGGUUGUUUAGUGCAAUCUUGAGCUGCAGGCCUAUGCCUGAACUGUACUGGUGGGGUAAUACUGUUUUAAGGAUCAAUGCAAAGAGUCGGGGCUGACUAAUGGUUGCAGCAGCUAUCUUGGUUGGAUUCUUCACUUCCAUCCUUGGUAGGAUUCUUCUUUUUACAUCAUGAAGAUGAAAAAAGUAUUAAAGGCAUCUUGCAGCACUGUACACACUUGCAGAUGAAUUGUGGCAUAAGCUCUCAUAUACUAGAGCCUGCUGAAGUUGAGUGUAAUUAUUCUGAUUAACUAGGUGUUUUCCUAAGCUGGGAUACAUGUGAGCAAAGGGAAGGGCAUACUUUAAAUGGUGGAGGCCAAAUGGCCACACAAUUUACAGUCCGUGGUCAUUUUAUGAAAAGGUUAAACCAAUGGUGAACCUUCCAGAGGUUGUUGAAGCUCGGCUUCCAUCAGCCCCCGCCACCACAGCCCAUGUCUCAGGAUGAUAGGACAGGCUUAGGCAAACUCAACCCUCCAGGUGUUUUGGGACUACAACUCCCAUCAUCCCUGACCACUGGUGCUGUUAGCUAGGGAUAAUGGGAGUUGUAGGCCCAAAACAUCUGGAGAGCGAGUUUGUCUAUGCCUGUGAUAGGAGCUGUUGUUUUGUAACACCUGGAGGACAGGUGACAUGUGGAACCCUUGGCUCUCCAGAUGUUGCCAAGCUACACUCAACUUCAGCAAGAAGGACAAUAGCCAGGGAUGAUGGGAGCUUUAGUUCAGCAACAUCUGGAGGGCUAGAGGUUCCCCACACCUGGUAAACAACGUAACCACAUUGAUCAUCCACAAGAUGACCCAUAAUAAUAAUAAUAAUAAUAAUAAUAAUAAUAAUAAUAAUAAUCCCAAAAUGCUUCAAAUAUCUGAUGAAGUGAACUGUAGUUCCCAAAAGCAUAUGCCGCAAUGAAUCUGUUAGUCUUUAAAGUGUUGCUUUUGCUACAGCAGGUUUCCGCGAUGGUAUCCCCAAGUGCAGGCCUUUAAUUUUCCCCCAGAGAAGUGAAUUGUAACCAUUCAAAGAAGUAAACCGAUACCGGUAUGUUUGCCAUGUGGGCAAAUGCUACCUUCCACUCUUAAGUCUGGGUGAACCAGCCCUUACCACAGUGCAGUAUGUGUAUAAUGUUCACUGUAAGGUGUCUAAAGAAGCAUUGAAUGCACACACCGAAGGGCGUACUACAAUAUAAAAGCCCAUUCUCUCUCCAUGUUUCCUACCUGUCUCAAUGAAAGGCAUUUUGCUGAUACUUAAAGUUUUGUCUGGGGCAGCAUCUUUAAUCUCUUCCCCCACCCCUCAACCCCAGUAUACCAUUUUUUUCCAGCCAAUUAGCACUUUGCAACCUCUGGAAUCCUCUGGUAUGCUCACACAACUUAAUGGCCUUGCAGUGAAUGUCCAUAGUCGGGGAGGGACACUGCAUUUGAGUCCCUCUCUUGCCUCCCCACUGCCCUGCAGUUCCUCUCUCGAGGCAGGAAGUAGCAUUCCCUGAUUUUCACAAUCUGGCUCCUGCUUUUUCCUCUCACACAGCUAGUGUGUGGGAUCCUGCUGACUGGGCCAAGGAGCAAAUAAAAGCAAGAAGAACUGAUGGGUUUGGGGGCUGAAAAGACAAUCAUUAGAAAUGCCCAGAGCUAUUGCUACUCCUGAAAGAUGCUAUUUUACUCACUUUCUGUACUGCUCCCUGAUGUGUGAUGCCAGUAGGAUCUGCCCAGCUACACCUGACCCAUCUCCUCCUGAGUUUUAGGCUCCUGUUUUCCAUGGGUCCUAGGGAGUAUGGGAGGUGGGUCAUUUAGAAAGAGAUGACAAGGAUCAGCAAAAUACCCAACUCCUUCCCCAGUCACGUAUGGCUCCUUCCAGAGAUUAUCUUAAACCUCGCCAAUUUAACUUGGAAGUGAGCAAAAAUCACAAGAUCCUCUGUAGGAAUCCAGGGUUUACCAUGCACCUCCUAAGAUCAAUCUACCCAUGUUCAAUACAAAGUUUUUUUUCCUCAGGAUGCUUUCACAUGCUGCAAAACACCGAAAAAAGACCAGUGUUCAAAUUAUGGUAGAUAGGAGUUUUGUUUUUUUUCUGAGGGGGGGGGGUAGUGAAAUUCAUGAGACUGAUGCCCUAAUCCUCCCCAAUUUCAGCCAAAACAUGUCCCACAUUUGGAAAAGCAAGAGCUAAGGGAGAAAUCAUAAAAGUUAAGGUAUUUGGGGGCCCUUUUCUUCACCCUUGUAGUUUGGGAACCGAACAGGGUGUCCCCACAGAAUGUAGAUAUUAGCGCUUAACAUUCUCUUUUACUAAAUCCUAUGGUGAAAAUAGGAAGUGCAACUCAUUCUUGCUUCCUGUUUCAGUGAUUGUUAGAACAUGGGAAAGGGCUACAGCAGUCACAGAUAAACUUGGCAAAAGAUAAUUUCUUGUAUUCAAAGGGGCUUGCUUGGAAAGACUAGGGGCAUAUCUACAUUGCAAAUUUUAGCUAGUUUGAAAUGAAUGUGGAACACAGACGCCUGCUCCAGGAACCCUGGGAGCUGGAGUUGUAUGAGGUUGCAAAUAAUGUUGUUGUUUUUUUAAAAUUAAUCUCUAUACCUAUAGUUUCCAGGUUCAUUGGUCUGGACCUAUGACAUUUAAAUGGGCCUGAAACCGGUUACAACUAAGGGAUGAAGGAGAAAUUUGCUUCUGUUUGGAUUGAAAUGCAUACCCAUCUAAUCCACACUUCCUGAAAAAUAUGCUAACUGAAAAGGUAGCCUUCAAAAUCCGCACUCCUCCAAAUUUUGUCGUGCAGUUCUCUGGCCAAAUAAUGUUUACAAAAAAAAAAUGUGCCUACUAUCAUCAUCAUCAUCAUAUAGUUCUUAAUCGCCUUCUAAACAACCAUCUCAAGGCAAUUUUCACGCAAGAUAAUUUUUUGAAACACACGCACACAAAAACACACAAAACACAUUUGAAACAAGACUAAAACCCUAGCAAAACAAACACUCGUGGUAAAGGCUCAUUUAUCCCGCUAGGAAAACUGUGUUCAAUUUUAACUAUAGUUACUUGAAGCAAGCUAACAGCCUAGGUUGUGAAGCUGGCUUGUUCAAUUUAUAGUUAGAAUCAGCCACAGUUUACGUUUCAAACAAUGCACUAAACUGAGACUAAUCUAAAGUAGAAGCUUCUGGUCUUCUCACAAGGACAUCAGAGCAGAAGAGUGUAAGGCCUGGCUCUUUCUUGAAAUCCAAACCAUGGUUUAGUGCAGAGGUGAGGAACCUCUUUAUCUGGCAUUCUGGCCUCUCAGUGAGCCACACUCUUUCCCCUGCCUUGCUAUGUACUCCCCUGGAGAGCUUUAUUUGGCUGGGAUAUAUCUUUUAACUGUAUUAAAAUUACUUGCUUGUCUGGAUGGGGGAUGGAGAAAUGCAUGGGUGUCACAACAUUUAUCUUUUAUGUAGUUGGAAUGUCACAUCCCUUGAAGUCUCCAGUUUUGCCUCUGGCCCUUCCCACCCCUGGUUUUUAGGUCCUGGGCAGGUUCCCCAUGAGGGAAUGCUCCCCUCAGGCUGGAACAGGUUCCCCAUGCUUGUUUUAAUCAUACAUCCAAACGCAGCUAUAUACUGUGUCUCAAAACUUGUUUUCCAUGCAGUACCUGACUGCCUUGCUGGCAGGGACUAGAGAAUCUCGUUCAUCUGGUCACUGACCUGAUUUUCUGAUUACCAAAAGUGCCCUAAAGGAACAGGGUAGUAACGAUAGCUGAUAGCUAAUGCAAGCCAAUUGCAACUUCAUAAAAAGUGAAAACAGGGUGUUUUUAAAAUACUGCGCUUAGUUUUGUAUGACUUCCAGGGUACCCUAUUCAGUACAGUUGUAGGAAAUGAAACAUAUCCUGCCCAGGAUUAAUAAUCUAAUGUUGGGUCGCAGCAGGAUUUAGUUUUCUCUGUGUGCCUUCGUGUGAGGCUGUGUGUGUGAUAUAUAGCAUUAAUGCUGGUCAAAUCAAGUAUAGUUGCCCGUAUCAGCUGAUCCUCAAAUGACGGUUUCCUCUUGCAGAACUCUUGGUCUUUCAAAUCAUCGGGUGGAAGGGAUAUGCAUUAUUUGUUUGCUUUGCUAUGGCACUGCCCUAGCCAUCUUGGGAGUCCUGCUGUUUAUCAUUUAACAAAUGCAUUAAUCUCUGUGUGUGUGCUGGGGAGUAGGAAUGAAAUGGUGUCAUGGUAACAUAAGUGGUCAUAUAUUGCUUAUACAAAGACAUAGCCAGCAUGAAAUUGGCUAGAAAGUAUUUGUACUCUCAAAUCAUUAUGAAACUGAGGAGGAUGACCUGUUCCCCAGCAGUUGGGCAGAAACUCAGGUGUUCAAGUGUUAAACUCCUAAUGAGAAAAUUGUACACAAUGUGAUUGGUCCUAAGAAAUAAUGACACUGAAAGCAUUUUUUUUAAAAAAAUAAAAACCUGCAGAAGUACAUAAUGCUGCCUGAGUCUGCACACAAAGGUUUGCAGGCACACUUAAAUGAAAUUUCUGAAAAAGAAACAGGGUUUUAGCUUAGCCUUAUGUGCUAACUUUGUAUAUGCAGGGAAAUUAGGUUUUGAAAUUUAACACUGUGGAGCUUUGAAACAUGCUAUUCCACAACCAGCAGUCUGAAGCAGGGCAGUCGAGGAAAAACAGCAGUACAUUUAAAUUGUUCCCUUAAGCUGCAAUCCUAAACACACUGCCCUGGAAAUAAGUGCCAUUCAGUUGAAGUGUGGCAUUCAUACACAAAGAAAGCCUUCCUUUUUAUUGGUCCAACUUGCAUCAAAUACAUUUGGUUUCUCGUACUGUACUCUCGAAGAGCUGGAAGAAAAGCAUGCACACACUUGUGAGCCAUUCUAGUCCUUGGUGAAGCAUGCAAUUCUUCAUCACUCUAGACUCCCAUUUCAAAACAACAGCCAGCAAUUGUUGAUGAGAUCUGAAUGCGUUAUUUUCAGAGGAGUGAAAUGGUAGGGCUCUUAGCAACGUUCUCCCCGCUCUUUCUGUAUCUCUCCCUCUUAUCUUUCUUUCUCUCUCUGCCUGUUUCUCCUUUCUUUUUUUGCAAGAGUCUAAAUAUAUAUAUUGGAUUUUGUGCUGCCCCCUAGGUGAGAAGGCAAUUUGGGGCCCUCCUUCCAACAGUUUAGGAAGCCAAGCUUAUAGACAGCUCCCUCCUGAUGUUUGCUAUUUGAGCCCAUAUUCAUUAUCUCAAGACUGGGCUUUAAUCUGUGAGUUGAUCCUCUUCUUAUAUAAAGAGAAUCACUGUAUAUCAGCUAUUCUGCAGAUUUCUGGGUCCACAUUAUUCAGGAAGAGCCUGAUGACACAUGUCUACUGCUUGAUGGUUGCAAUAUUAAAUGAUCAUUUGAAUGUAUGAAGGACCUAUCACAGGUAUAAGCUUCCAUUGGCUUAAAAUACACUGGCCACAUUCACACAUAACAACAAGUCAGACUUUCUGUCUUCUUUUGUUUUAUUGUGAACAAGUGGUAUUGCUAGUCUGUACGGCCCAAUUGCUUCUGAUUCAAUCCUUUACUGGGUCGAACAAUAUAGUAAUGCAACAAGCCAUGACUUCUGGUUAAAUCUGAACCACGGGGGCCAUGGUUUGUUGCUCCCUAACAAGAAGCCACAAACAGGAAGACAAAAAUGAAGCAUGGUUUAAGGUAGGUUAAUACUUGUGGUUUGCUAGGGAGAAACAAAGUAUAAUCACUGGUUCAAUAUGACCAGAAGCUAAGGCUUUCUAGUUUGUUUAUCCUCUUUGUGCCAGGGGUGAGUAAUCAGGCUCACAAUAAACCACAACAAGACAGAAAAUCUGGCUUCUUGUCACGUGCAAAAACAGCCAGUGACACACACAAAAGCAGUUCAUGCAUUCAGUCGUGAAAGGCCAAGCAAUAGACUCACGUGUGGACAACUGCUCAUUCCAUUUCUGGUAUUUGCCCAGCCAACUCCUUUGACCAAUAGCACCAAGGCCUACUGACCUGAAUGCAUUCAUUCUCUAGCCUCUGUAAACAAAAAAAAGAGAACAUGGAAUAAGCUUCCAUCUCAAGUGGGCUAAUAACUGAAUGUUUUCAUUUGACGUGGAAGAUUAAUGAGUGACCUAUAACUGAAUCUACACCUGUGGUAUCAAGAGAUGUUUCAGGUUUCUUUGUGUUUGUUUGUUUUUAAUGUAUUCUGGCCAGUGACCUUCCUUUUCUGUGUUUGUAAUGUGUUUCUGGGCAUUUCCUUUGUACAGCCCAAAACCAAAUCUCAGGCUUCUUCUGUUCCUCUGCAAAGUGUUUCUCUCCUUCCUGCGUGAAGCACUUCAUCAACAGUCAUCCUAAGAAGCAGCAAGGCUUCUUUCUAUUAAUACUCUUUUGUUUCCCAGGAGGUGUUACCUGCCCCUUCUGCUUGGAUGAACCAGAAUUUGCUUUAAAAUGUGCUUGGCUCCAGUUGCUGCCACUGUUAGUUUGGCUUUAAUUACAUGUUCCUCCAUCUGUUGCCAUGGAUUUGCACAGUUAGGUCUGUAAUUAACUUCCCAGCUCAGACGUUCAAGAAAAAUAUAUCAUAAAAAAUGUCCACGCUUCAUUGAUCGUGAGGGUUUUCUCUCCCCCCACCCCACUUUUUUGGGGUUCUGCUUUUGCUGUUGCUUUUCCAGUUAGGCUAGAAAUAUACAAAAUUGUGAUGGUGGUGGUUGAAGAGGAGGGACUGGCCUCUCCAGGGGUCCCAUCAACCUGGCUAACUGUUCUCCAUCCCCUCACCUGCAAGGUGGGUCAGCACCCAGGUAGCAGCACUGCAGAUUAGUCCCCUUUCCAAUUAGAAGGGGAUUUGGUGAGGUUCUACCUUAGGAAAUGAGGUUAAGGAAGAUGGUAGGAUGAAAAGCUAUGAACAAGACAGUGUGUUUUCCUUACUAGAAAAAGGAAAUUAUAUAAGGUGACUCAAGCUUCCUAUCUGUGAUCCACGAUCACAGAGGACUUGUGCUAGUGCAAAGGGCAAGUUUUAAUGUGCACCAGAGGGAUCACAUGCAACUCUUGCAUUAGUGGUAAUCUGUUAUGCAGCAGAUAGUACAGUAUCUUGCUUGUCAAAGUUAUGAGUAGCCUGCACGUGCAAAACCUUGCACAGCAAAGUUUUGCUGGCACAAUGUACCACUAAGUGACUAUUUUACAUACAACCCAAUAAUUUUUUAAAGAGCACACAAGUGCUGUGUGGCUGCUUAAUUUUACACAAUUGAUUCUGUUUCUUCUGUAGUCACAGGAAGGCCCCCUCCUUUUACGCAAGCGGGUUAGACUUUAGCUCCUGUCCUGGAUUUUGGAGAAUCUUACCAAGUCUCCAUUCCUUCAACCCUCUCUUCUUUUUUCUUAAACAGAGUUUCCCCGGGCUCUCUGUUUCUGUAUCCCAGACUUAUUUGUUGCACUUGCUGGGUGUGAUUUGUAGACUCCCUAAAGGGUCAAACCAGAUAUGCAGCAGUUUAUUAAGCAUGCACCUGCCAUUUAGGCUGUCCAGUGGGGGCAGGAGUGAAACUUUCCCCCUCCCCUCCCCAUUCUCUCCUGUUUCUGCCUCUGCCUCUGAUUCUGAUCUUCUCUCUGCCACAGACUCUCCCUGCUCAAUAAGGCUUGUUACCCCUUCAGCUUCCGACACCACAUCCUCUCAGGUUUCUCCCUCUUCUUCCUCUGACCACUCAUUCCUACCACCACUCUCCAGGCUCUGAGCCUUCUUCCCUUGGGGGUUCCUCAGCUGGUCCCUCCCAGGACAUUCCUCUGCAUCCAACCAGUCCAUGACAGAUCGCCACUCCCUACCAUUGAUCCUGCUUACAAGUUUUGUCUGUUGCUCAUGUCCUCCAAGUCCUGCCCAAGCAUGGUUGGAGCUUGACUGGAACAAACACAAGCCAGAGACCCAAAAGUGCCCUCUGGGGGGCUCUGGCACCAUCCUGUUAUGUAGUUCUUUACUUCUCCUCCUACCCACAAGUGGUUCAUUUCUAUGGUCCACAUGAUUGGCACUUCCCUUUUCCAAAUCUAACAGCCAGGCAAAUAGAACUUGUGCCAGAGGGGAGAAAUGCAGGAAAGGAGAAAGCUGAACUCUUUGUAGUGGUUUCAGAAAUUUCUGCCUGCAGCCCUGAGGUCCCUGAUGUGGUGCUUGUGAGUGCCAUGGUACCCUCACAUGCACACCUUGGUGUCCACUGAUAUCCUACCCCUCCCAGUUUAUAUAUAUAUAGAGAGAGAGAGAGAAUGAGAGAAUUUUUUUGGUUCUGUGACAAGUUGUCUUUGGAAGAAGGGUGUUGCCUGCCUCCCCCCCCCCCCGGUGUUUUGUUUGUUUGGGGGAUGUGUGUGUUUUGCCUGCUGAUGGAGGGGCGUGUUGGGAUCUGAGCAUCACCAGAUUUUCCGCUGUGAGGUGGGUAUUUUAUGGUGAUCUCGGCAGUUUUCUUAGGUUUUCAAAUGUGUCCCUGGGCCCAGAAAAGUGGGGCUGCCCUUUUCCUUCAAGUGAAACUCAGGAAUGUGCUGAAGUACCAAUGAUUGUAAACCCUAACAACCUGGAUUCUUUACAUUCUUUUCAGAGCAGGUGUCCCAAGGCCAGGAGCAGAUACAAUAUCCUAUGCUUCCCCAGACAAGUCCUGGCGGCAGAAUCAUUUGCCUGCUGGGUGCCUUCUGUGGUUUUCAUUCUCCAAAGUGGGCAAUCGAUAGAGUAGGGUGGGUGGAAUUCUCCAAUCUUGAAUCUGCUUUGCUGUGGGGCCAGGGAUGGAUGUAUAUACCCAAAUUCCUAAGUCUGGAUCCUGUUAGAUUUAGGGGUAGGGAGACUUCUAAAAGUUUUGGGUUUGCCAUGUUAAUACUUAACAUUAUGGGCUUAAAAAUCAAUCAGAUAGACUCAGGUUGCAAUCCAAUGCAUGCUUACCCAGGAAGAAGUCCUGUUGAACUCAAUGGGACUUACUUCUGAGUAGACUUCUAUAGAAUUGCAGGUUUUGUUUUUAAUGUUGAAAUGCUGAAUUUUCUUCCUUUUUUUUUCCAAAAUGGAAAACCUGCCAUUCAGAUUCUUUAAAAUAAAAUAAGAGUGCAGUUUUCUUCCAGAUUUAGGAUUGAUCCCCUUUUGCCAUGAGUAGUUCUGGGUUAUUCUUUCUUUUCACCUACCAGUGAAUCCAUUUGAAUUUAACAGGGUAAAAUAACUGCGUGGCUUCGCAGCCAUCUUCCUAUAUAGAUAUAUGUGUGUGUUCUUUCAAUCACAGCUUUGACAGGGGAUUAUUAUUAUUAUUAUUAUUAUUAUUAUUAUUAUUAUUAUUAUUAUUAUUACAAACUUUCUGGCAGCUUCUGACUGUCAAGGCACAGCCUUGACCAACCCUCCUCAUAACCACUUCCUGCUGUAGUUGAAAUCAGACCUUGUGUAUGUGUGCUCCCAUAAAACUCCCCCUUGAGCAUGGUUCUAAGUAUGGAAAGGCAGCAUGCAAAUAGGAUGGUGGUGGUGGUGGUGGUAUGACUAUCAACAGCAGGAGUACCAAACAGCAAAAGCCAGUGUGGGAUGUGGCAUUGUUGGUAGGGAAGGAAUUCACUGGGUCCACUUUUCAAAGCAGACCAGCCCAGUCCAAUGGUCCUGUACUUGCUUGCAGAUUGGAGCACAACCCCUGAUCAGAUUACAAAACUCUCUGGAUUCGGUAAUGCAGUUUUCAAGUACCAAUUUAUUAUUAUUUUUUAAAAAAAUGUGUGCAUGGAAGUAUGUAUUUUUUGUGGGAACGCACCGGGGGUGGGGGUGGGGCGGCAUUAAAACACCACUGCACAAAACAAGACAGAACCGACCUAUGAUUGAGUGUCAGUGUAAGUGACACAGGACAGGGAGCCUACCCCUAACUGCUGCCAAUUGCUGCAGAGACAUGAAUGUACCAUUUUAGCUCAUUACUGGGCCAACAGGAUGAAUGUUCUCCCAAUGUAACAAACCCGUUGACCAGGACAAGUGUACUUUCUCAUAGAUGAAUCAUUGCCGAUCGUAGGGGAGGGGUUGGUCUUGUGUCCUUGAGAUAUAUAGAUAUAUUUUUUUGAAAAAUCCCCACAAAGGGCUUCAAACAAGCACUUUCACUUCUAAUGAAGAUUCAUCCCAUGAAUGUAUUUUGACCACACAACACACACCAGAGGUGCAAGGAGAAGCAGUCUGCUUUGCUUUUUUUUUGUUUUGUUUUUAAUUGUCAAGCACCACCACAUUACAGGGUGAAUCUACAAAGAUAAGUGCCGGGUGCUUUGUAGAAAAACUGUUGCCUGAAUGUGUGGCCGGUAAGCAAUGAAAUGCCAUUAAACCUUGUAUAGUGUCACAUAGGACUGCUCAGGAAAAGAAAAGAAAAACCAUUGAAGAGGAGGUGAAAUGGAGAAAUUAGCAGUGGUAGCUGAACCUUUACUUGAUUGCGUUAUAAUGUUGAGGCUGCCGGAUUUCUGCUAGCAAGAGAUUUGCACAUUGGUUUUCAUUCAUAGAGCUGCCUCAGAACCUUGCCCUCCUCCCUUUUGAUUUUCUGUAGAAUAAAAAAAUAAAUCCAUUUUUGGACUGCAGUUCUAAGCAUAAUUACUUGACAGCAAGUCCUGUUGAACUCAGUGGAGUUUGCCUCCCAGGUAAACGUGUUAGGGUUGCUCUCUAAAACGUGUUAGGGUUGCUCUCUAAAAGGAAAACAAUCAUUAAUCCUGACACUACACCCAUAAAAUACAUGCAAAUCCUCAUUUUGCUAGAGGAUACCUGUGCUUGUCUUUUCUUUAACUGGGUUACAGUUUUUAAAAAACAAAAUGCCUAGAGAGUAAUUAUUCUUUUUGCAAGCCUGCUUCUCUUAGGAAUCCAUUUUCCUUGCUCUACACCUAAGUGGAUUUAGAUAAACCUCCCCCCCCACCCCCACCCGAGGUAUUUCUGUACAGCCUAGGUAACCUAAGUCUCCUACCUAUACUUUAAUCUAGCUAUCUCUAUAUUUGCAUUAGUCUGUCUUAUUGUGAACCAGUCACACAAGAAUGACGGAAACAGUUUAUUGACUCCUUUUGUGCGUGUCAAUGAAAAAUUGAUUUGGGGUGCUCACACCCUCUUUUGAACUCAGAUUCUUGCCACUGUACAGUAUAUGGAGAUGCAUAGAGAGACUUUUUAUAUUUCUGAAUGUUGUACUUUUUAACUCCUUGCAAGCUUGGUAAUACACUAUCUAAAUGUCUAAAAAAAACAAUAAUGAUUGUCUUGGAAGUCUGAUGUUAUUUCCUUGAACCUGUGGGUCGCAAAGGUGAUGGGGAGGGCGAAGAGAAGCCCCAGAGGGUGAAUUACACUGUGAGCAGAGAGUGUGGGGGAGUCAUGCUGGAAGAUUUCAGGCAAGUUAGAUGUGUUAACCUUGAGGACACAUCUCAGGUUUCCUUCUACAAUGCCCUCCUGCACUCUGCUGUAAUUGGGCUGCCACUAGUUUAAAGAAGCCAUUGUAUGAAUGAGUUGAUUAAGUGAUUGAUUGAGCAACUGAAUUUACACAGA